CCAUACACACACACACCCGACUAACCUGCCACCUUCUAUCAUCAAACAAAACACAACACGACUUCUCCAAGAAAGAACUCUAUUUUUACACUGUUAUAUUAAACAAGUUACCAGACUGUUAUUCAAAGAUCAGUUUACAGUUUAGGCAUUUAAAUAACUUUUUUGGUUUGAGGGUUUUUUUAAGUACCACUGCUGACAGCCUGUCUCGCGAACCCACACCCUGCUCUGAGACAGCACCCCCUCAUCUGGCAGCACAAGCAGGUCUGUCACCACCCCCCAUGAUGGGUAUCGUCCGUGAAGGGAACCUUUAAGGCGUACCUGGCUGGUGUUGAGGAGCGCAUGCUGACCUGGUUCUCAUCUACACUGCGUCUCCGAUACCCGUCCAGACGCAGUGCGGCCAAACCUGUAGGAUGAGGAAGUGGCUGACCUGGGUGCUGGUGUGUUUAUCGCCCUGGCAGCCUGAAUCCUCUGCCCCCCACCCCCCACGCUGCUCUUGCCCUUCAGUGCCCCCAGUAACAUACACCAUUUUGGAUUCAGGAUCUGUGUAAGGGCUUGUUUAAAGUGCCUUUCGCUGCCAGGUAUCGGCACCGCUGUACGUCACGGCGCUGGACCUCAUGCCUUGAAGGAGGUGUCAGACAACGGUUUGCAUUUUUCGCUCGGCGGCGGUGAGGUGAAAUGUGUCCAGAGAGAAGCCUCUUGCUCACUACAGUCUACUUCUCCUUUUUCACGCUUCCAGCUAAAUGAAAGUGAUCCUUUAAUUGCCUCACAUCAUUCACUGGUAAAGGAAUCGUCUGAUUGCAGCCAGGAAGAGCGGCUGCACGGUCAGCUUUCAGCCUUUGUGGUGCCAUACUCCCGAUGACAGACCUACCUGGAAGGGCAACUAUGGCCUACAUUUGUACAGGUGGGGUAUUUGUGCGUCCAGCUUCCGGGGAGUGAUCCCCUUUGGUCUGAAUAACACGUCUACACAACCUGACCCUGACGGGUCUCGUCAUUUUGGGAGUAAAUGAGCACAAGAGUCAUUCAGGCAGCCAUUGUGUGUCACACUCUGCCAAAUGCUCCCUUUCUCAGGUCUUGGCCUGUUUGUCAUCUGUUUUGUCUCAUUUCCUGAAUCCUUCAGUAAAAUGGCCUCUAUUACUGAGGUAAAAUGUUUUUUAUUAUUGUUUUCAAAGAUGACAUGACCAUUGUUUCUUUUUUUUCUCUCUUCCACGGUUCCACCUCCUUUUCUGGCAAAACCUAUUAAGAAUGUAAACAAUGUCUAUUUCUGUCAUUCAGCGUGUGCAAAACACUUGGUAACUGAAGCCGUCGGCAGCCGUCUUUCAAGAGCUUUACUCCCCUUUCCCCGCCAUUAGGGGGCGGUAUUUCGACAGGGUCCGGCACACGUCAUUUCCUUGAUGGCAGGCAAAGUGGACCCUUAAAUCUUUUUCCCCCUGCGACUUCCUAAAAUUAGUUUUGUAUGAACAUCACAGUCAGCUUUGUGAAAACCGUACAAAAACGUAAUGUCCAGAUAGCUAAUAUGACAAGACUGGCAGGUGCUGUUCAUGCCUCAAUCACGGAUGAACUGUCUUCGAUGACAUUAUAAUAUAGAUUAAUGAAAACAUUAAACAUUAAUUUUGUGAAUGACUCGUCUGGUUUGUUAUUUUUUAAUGCACACUUGACGACAGCUAGUGUGCCUUAAAUGUAUGUUUUACAUUUUUUACGAUUUGUUCUUGUGUAAGUCACCGCUACCUUUAAACUGUGGCUUGGUCUUUAGAUGGUAGGAGCGUAAAACGCCUUUGCCGAAUUUCCUUAAUUUUUUUUACAUGAAAUCAAAGCGGAUUAAUUGGAGCCAGAGAUGGAUCCAAAGAAACGCGGCACCAUUCAGUACCUGCCCUGCCAGACCCACGUCGGGGGGGCUUUGGGGGUCGCUCCGCGGACGCGGGGGGGCGCUAGCGAGUCGCUCUGGGUUUUAUGUGCGCAGAGGUGCGGAGCGUGCGGCCCCCGUGGCUCUGCACCCAGUUGAAGAUGGCGGUGUCCGUGUUCUCCGGCGUGCGGCUCCUCUCCAUCGUGGAUGCCAACGGAGAGAUACAGCGGCACUCCGAGCAGCAGCCCCUGAGGCUGGAAGUGAAAACCACGCCGGACGCGGCCCUGCUUAACCUUUCCAACGCAGAGGAAACGUGUCUCUUCAAAUGCUCGGUGUCACGGCAGACAGAGUGCAGCCGUGUGGGCAAACAGUCCUUCAUCAUCACGCUGGGCUGCAACAGUGUCCUGCUGCAGUUCACAUCCCCAGCAGACUUUAACUCAUUCUACAACAUCCUGAAGAAUAGCCGCGGACACAGCGUGGAGAGGUCCGUGUUCAGUGAACGGACAGAGGAGUCCUCUGCUGUGCAGUACUUUCAGUUUUAUGGCUACCUCUCCCAGCAGCAGAACAUGAUGCAGGAUUACGUCCGGACAGGAACGUACCAGCGGGCCAUCCUUCAGAACCACACUGACUUCAAGGACAAGGUGGUGCUGGACGUGGGCUGCGGCUCUGGUAUCCUGUCCUUCUUCGCGGCCCAGGCAGGAGCGCGGAAGGUGUACGCGGUGGAAGCCAGCACCAUGGCGCAGCACGCUGAGGUCCUGGUGAACAGCAACGGGCUGACAGACCGGGUGGUGGUGAUCCCGGGCAAGGUGGAAGAGGUGGCCCUCCCCGAGCAGGUGGACAUCAUCAUCUCGGAGCCCAUGGGCUACAUGCUCUUCAAUGAGAGGAUGCUGGAGAGCUAUCUGCAUGCCAAGAAGUUCCUCAAACCCAACGGUAACCUGUUCCCCACCAUCGGCGACGUGCACCUGGCCCCCUUCACAGACGAGCAGCUCUACAUGGAGCAGUUCACCAAGGCCAACUUCUGGUACCAGCCGUCCUUCCAUGGUGUCGACCUGUCUGCCCUCAGGGGAGCCGCCGUCGACGAGUAUUUCCGGCAACCGAUCGUGGACACCUUCGAUAUCCGAAUCUUGAUGGCCAAGUCGGUGAAGUACACUGUCAACUUCCUGGAGGCCAAGGAAGGAGAUCUUCACAGGAUAGAGAUCCCCUACAAGUUCCUCAUGGUCCAUUCGGGCCUGGUGCACGGCCUGGCCUUCUGGUUUGACGUGGCUUUCAUCGGUUCAGUGAUGACAGUCUGGCUGUCCACGGCCCCAACGGAGCCCCUCACCCACUGGUACCAGGUGCGCUGCCUGCUGCAGUCACCCCUCUUCGCCAAGGCUGGAGACACCAUGUCCGGCACGGUGCUGCUCAUCGCCAACAAGAGGCAGAGUUACGACAUCAGCAUAGUGGCCCAGGUGGACCAGACCGGCUCAAAAUCCAGCAACCUGCUAGAUCUGAAGAACCCCUUUUUCAGGUACACAGGGGCGAGUCCAGCACCUCCUCCUGGCUCACACUACACCUCCCCGUCUGAAAACAUGUGGAACACAGCGGGGGCCUACAGCGUAAACCAGGGCAUGGCUGUCUCGGGGAUGCCUGCGGCCUAUGACCUCAGCACCGUCAUCGGCAGUGGCUCCUCGGUGUCACAUAACAACCUCAUUCCUCUGGUCAAUGCGGGGAUUGUGAACCACACCCACUCCAGAAUGGGCUCCAUCAUGAGCACGGGCAUCGUCCAAGGAAGCUCAGCUGGCCAAUCAGGACCAAGCAGCAGCAGCAACAGCCCCCACUACCCAGUGAACAGCCAGCUGACCAUGGGCGGCCCACCCCUCUCCAUGGCCUCUCCCAUGGCCAUCCCCAGCAGCACCAUGCACUAUGGCAGUUAGGGCCCCCCCAGCCUGCCCAAGGUGCAUAAAGCCCACCCCGACCCCUCCCUCUCCCAACAAGAGGAAAACCAAAACUGGCGACUUUCAAAAAGAGCCCUUUUUUUUGGGUCAUCUCAGCGGUAUUCUGCACCUUUGCACCCCCACUCCAGGCUCCUUUCUCCACACCUUCCCAUCAGUUUCAACAGUGCCCCCCCCCCCCCACAAGGCCCACCUGACCUGGCAUGAUUCCGUCGCCCAUUGGCAGCCCAUAUGCUGAAGGACAGAGAGACUGUUGCACCGGACGCGAUACUCGUUAUUCCCAGGAUACUCAUACGUGUGACUCCCAGACUUGACUGUGCCGCCCCAUUCGGUGAGCUUGCUUUCACCCCUGAACCCAUCACAGUGACCUUCACGCUGGUCACGUCCUCUGGAGUGUUACUCUGCCCGUGGUGUUUGGUGGGGCUCCUCCCACUUUGGGUUCCUCUGCCGGGAACGAAUCCUUCUGCUCGUCUCAGAACUUUGCGUAAGCAAAGUGUUUCUGCACAGAGAUUUGUGGGUUAGUCGACUCGGAGGACCGGGACACCGGGGUUCUGCCGCACAAUGAUCCAUUUUGUGUGUGUGUGUGUGUGUGUGUGUGUGUGUUUUUGCUACGCUGAGCUUCCCGCUAGUCUAGCAGGUGAUACUCAUCUAAACGUGCACCUCUCCACCUGUAGACUUCCAGCAUUUUCUAACUGAACCCACCUCCCCAUACUGCUUAGGUGGAUGAUGUGGGCAGGUUGUGAGAUGAGCUCUGGGCCCCCUCCCCCUUUCUGUACAUUUUGAGGAAUGAACCCCAAAGAGGUCUGUUGGGGGCAGGGUGAGUGUAGAGCAUGGCCUGAGCCUCAGACUUUGGAGCGAUGCUGGUUGGCUCAGCUGUGCCAUCCUCCCUAUCCUACGUUCUGAGACCAACAGGCCGCUGUGUGUACCUUUCGUUCCCCCUCCCUCCCCCAAAGGCAGUAUUUGUUGCCUCAGCUGUGAACAGAGAAACAAGCAGGUCUCUUGUUUGCUUUCCGUCAUAGGUCAUGGACUCUGUUAAUUUUGAUUUUGAAACUUUUUAGGAGGAACUUAGUGUCUUGUCUAGUUUGUAGAGUUUUACCUUUCCCCCCACCCCCUUUCACACAAAAGACAAACAAAAACGACAAAAAGAACAGAUUAAACUGUGGAGAAGGCCUUUAAUUUAA